CAGGCUGAGGUCCCCGCCGGUGAGGGCGGAAGUGGUAAGACUGACGUGUCCUGGGCUGCUCUUCUGAUCGCCGGGAGGACUCCCCGCCGGGGACGGGCGAGCCCAGCCUCUCGGGGUCCUUGUAGCUGGGUCGGGCCUCCAGCUGGAGAAAGCUUAUCCGGCAGCACUUGGCCGAGCCGAGCGCGGUGUCCAAGGUAGUGUGGCCGCAGCCACCGCGAUCAGGCGCAGCGGCGGACAACCCCGUGGAAUCGGCCGUCAGGUCCUCUCCAACCCGCAGCUACCGCGCCGCUCAGGGGGAGACCCCGGCAGGAGCCCAAGGGCAGCUACCGGGCUGCACAGGCCGCUGGCGCUGCCUCGGCCAGCCCUUCCCGCGCGGUUCCAUUGCCUUAAGGAUGACAAUCCUAGGGCACCCUCGAAGUUGGAGCUGCCAGUGGUUGCCAGUCCUGAUACUGCUGCUGGGCACAGGCCAUGAGCCAGGGGUGGAAGGCGUGACACACUACAAGGCCGGUGACCCUGUCAUUCUAUAUGUCAACAAAGUGGGACCCUACCAUAACCCUCAGGAAACUUACCACUACUAUCAGCUUCCAGUCUGCUGCCCUGAGAAGAUACGUCACAAAAGCCUUAGCCUGGGUGAAGUGCUGGAUGGGGACCGAAUGGCUGAGUCUUUGUAUGAGAUCCGCUUUCGGGAGAAUGUGGAGAAGAGAAUUCUGUGCCACUUGCAGCUCAGUUCUGCACAGGUGGAGCAGCUGCGCCAGGCCAUUGAGGAACUAUACUACUUUGAAUUUGUGGUAGAUGACUUGCCAAUCCGUGGCUUUGUUGGCUACAUGGAGGAGAGCGGCUUCCUGCCACACAGCCACAAGAUAGGACUAUGGACCCAUUUGGACUUCCACCUAGAAUUCCAUGGAGAUCGAAUUAUAUUUGCCAAUGUUUCGGUGCGGGAUGUCAAGCCCCACAGCUUGGAUGGGUUACAACCCGAUGAGUUCCUACGCCUUACUCACACUUAUAGUGUGCGCUGGUCUGAGACUUCAGUGGAGCAUCGGAGUGACAGGCGCCGUGGUGAUGAUGGUGGUUUCUUUCCCCGAACACUGGAAAUCCAUUGGUUGUCCAUCAUCAACUCCAUGGUGCUUGUGUUUUUAUUGGUGGGUUUUGUGGCUGUCAUUCUAAUGCGUGUGCUUCGGAAUGACCUGGCUCGCUAUAACUUGGAUGAGGAGACCACUUCUGGAAGUUCUGGUGAUGACUUUGACCAGGGUGACAACGGCUGGAAAAUUAUCCAUACAGAUGUCUUCCGCUUCCCUCCAUACCGUGGUCUGCUCUGUGCCGUGCUUGGCGUGGGUGCCCAGUUCCUGGCCCUUGGCACUGGCAUUAUUGUCAUGGCAUUGCUGGGCAUGUUCAAUGUGCAUCGUCAUGGGUCCAUUAACUCGGCAGCCAUCUUGUUGUAUGCCCUGACCUGCUGCAUCUCUGGCUACGUGUCCAGCCACUUCUACCGACAGAUUGGAGGCGAACGUUGGGUGUGGAACAUCAUUCUCACCACCAGUCUCUUCUCUGUGCCUUUCUUCCUGACGUGGAGUGUGGUGAACUCGGUGCAUUGGGCCAAUGGUUCAACACAGGCUCUGCCAGCCACCACUAUCCUGCUGCUUCUGACGGUUUGGCUGCUGGUGGGCUUUCCCCUCACUGUCAUUGGAGGCAUCUUCGGGAAGAACAACGCUAGCUCCUUUGAUGCACCUUGUCGCACCAAGAACAUCGCCCGGGAGAUCCCAUCCCAGCCCUGGUACAAGUCUACUUUCAUCCAUAUGACUGUUGGAGGCUUCCUGCCUUUCAGUGCCAUCUCUGUGGAGCUGUACUACAUCUUUGCCACAGUGUGGGGUCGGGAGCAGUACACUUUGUAUGGCAUCCUCUUCUUUGUCUUCGCCAUCCUGCUGAGUGUGGGGGCUUGCAUCUCCAUUGCGCUCACCUACUUUCAGUUGUCUGGAGAGGAUUACCGCUGGUGGUGGCGAUCUGUGCUGAGUGUUGGCUCCACUGGCCUCUUCAUCUUCCUCUACUCAGUUUUCUACUAUGCCCGACGCUCCAAUAUGUCAGGGGCAGUACAGACUGUAGAGUUCUUUGGCUACUCCUUACUCACUGGUUACAUCUUUUUCCUCAUGCUGGGCACUAUCUCCUUUUUUUCUUCCCUAAAGUUCAUCCGUUAUAUCUAUGUUAACCUCAAGAUGGACUGAGUUCUGGAUGGCAGAACUAUUGCUCUUCUCUCCCUUUCUUCACAGCCCAUUGAGCUCUCCUACCAGCUUCUCUUCUCAUUGGAGUGACUGAAUUGUGUGAUGGCAUUGUUGCUUUGCCCUUUGGGCCUCCCUUCCCCAGAGAGGGCCUGGAAAUUAUAAGUCUCUAUUAUAUAAGGAGUAUAUAUUUGAACUUUUUAAGUUGCCUUUAGUUUUGGUCCUGAUUUUUCUUUUUACAAUUAUCUAAAUAAAAUUUAUUAAGAAAAAGGA